GCAACGCGCCAAAAGCAGGCGGCUGCCGCGUCGCGGCGCACAAAGGCAGCUCUGUUUUCCUGCACCGCGUCCAGCAGGCGCGCUGGCGUAUAUCUCCCCGGCAGGACAAAGCAGCCAAGGCGUGUGAGCAUCACCGUCUCUGCGGCUACGAGAAGCGCGGCUGCGGGCAGCCGCCUCCCCGGAGCCCGCCUCGCUGAUUGGACGAUAAUGUGGGCCGGGUUAGCCUUCCCAUGGACCCCGGCGUGUACGGCCGCUCCGCUCCGUCUCCAGGCCCGAAGGCAUGGCUGAGGAAGCCAUCCGAGACUUACUGGGCUCCGCGGGGAAGGGUGAGACGCGCUUCGGGAUGUUGCCCACACCCGGCCAAACACUGCAGGGCAGACGUCAGCCAUCGGCGGGCUUCCGUCCAUGCCGCCUCCGCAUGAUCCAAUCCGCUUCCUUUUUCAUACUCUCGGCAUAACGUUAGGCUUUUACGAUCGCAGACGCCCGAGAAACCCGUCCAUUUGCUGUACUUUUCACAUUUAACACUUCGCUUCAGCGUUCAGAAUAGUGGCUGAUCAUAACGGAGUGCAUUUACAUCGCCAUUUACCGCAAAGCCGCAUAUCGCACGAUGCUUGUGACGCGUCUCCGCCUGGCCGUAUUUACGCACUGUCUGCCCCGAAGGGCCGUUGCGUCAGUAUGCAUCGGGAGUCUGCAGGAUAAUCCGAGCCCAGAUGUGUAAUAAUAAGGCUUUCGGGCAGCGCCGUGUGCUCAUCCGCACAAUCAGGCAAAAUGUCUGCUUCCUUUUUCCGUAGCGCCAUAUCCUGCUAACAUCAUCACACAAAGGUGCGAUUCAGUUUUUCGCUUAGGUGGGGCGCAGUACCAGCUGAGAUGGUCUGUCAGUGGCCAGUGAGGAAAGGACUGCCUGCUGUCCUACUGUUGAUCAGUAGGUGUUAAGCAGUUAACAGGUGGUCAACUAGUGGUCAGUCAUUGGUCAUCCAGUCAGUGGUAAGUUCAAGGGCAUAAUUUUGGGUUGAGCAUUGGGGGUAGGUGGGGAGGGGUUAGGUCUCCAUCCAGUUUAGGGGAUCCAGGGGUUGUAUUGGCUGGUUUUGAUUAUAGGGGGGUUUAAGCCCCCCAUUCCUCCCAUAAUUUACACCCAUGGGUAAGUCAUUGGUCAGUUAGUAGUCAGUCUGUUUGUGAACAGCAGGCCACUGAGGCAAAACCAGACACAGGUCACCCGUGGGUGGCUGUAGAUGCCACUGCAUGCUGGGAUUUCUGUGGUGGUUGCGUCAUACUUUCACGUGAGGGUACAGUUUUGGGGCUGCCAGUAUUUCCUUUGAUAGCUGUGUAUAUGUUUUUACGUAACUCAUGGUGAAAAGCUAGACUUUCAUGGUGAUGGGUGUCUGCAUGUUUUGGUGAGAUUUUGUCAGGGAUUUUCACCCAGUCAAGUUUGAAUAAAGGUGAAAUGCUCCUUUACUCAAAUGUUAAAACAUUCACACUUUCCAGCAUGUUAUCUGUGGGCUGAGAUGUAUUUCUGCAAUGCAUGGCGUGGGUUUAAUUUUACCUGCAUACAGCAGCUUACAUUUUGAUUAAAUUGUCUGAGCUGUUUUUCUGCAUUGUUCUUUAUAGCACAAUUUUUCAGAAUAGUCAUACUGCAGAGGCUGUUUAUCUCCUUGGUUUCUGCGGAAUGAUUGGGGAGGCGUCAGUUUUUAGUCAGUGCUUGUUAAUGUUCGUAAGACAGCAGCUCUCGUCCGACUUUGAGGCGUCGUCUUAAGCUCACGGGCCCGGUGCUAAUUCCCGAAGUUGGCCAAACUGGGGGCUUUGUGGUGGUUGGCGUCUGGGCCGGACAAACGCCGGUGUGUCGGCGCCCGGAAAAGCAGCUCCCGCUGGCCGUAGCUGCACAUUAGCUUUAGCGUAGCUGUCCUCCAGCAGGCCCUGCGCGCUUCAGCCGAGGUCUGGAGUAACCGUGCAAUUAGCGGUGUGACACCUCAGAGUUUGACCUGUCAGCUGCGGGAGCAGUUUAGUAAUAACCAGGCUUCGAGUAAAUGAAUGUUUAACAGGUUAUACAUGAAGCACCCGCGUGCUUUACUUACCGAAAAGCUUUACUUACUCGCCACAUGGAGAACGGAGGUGUUUUCAUGCUCAGAAACAGCUUUAUCUGCGAAGACUCUGGGCCAACAUGAUGCCUGAGGCCCCUCCAUAUGUGACAAAGACACAGGGACUGACCGUGACACAUUUCCAGUGGUGAAAUAGCUGUAAAUGAAAUGGCGUGGAGUGGUCAUUCGCAGGAUUCGGUCCCAAGGGAAGACUAGAGACUGGAUAUGCUGUGUAAUACCUGGGAUUGACGUUGUGUAAACACUGGGGAAGCUGGCCAGCAGGGUUCACUGUCUUCUUACACAUAAUGCUGUCAGAUGUCAUUUGACAUGGUUGCUCAGAGAGUCCUUCAGACAAAUUUUGUUAUAUGGCCAGUCAGUGUUACUGCACAGUCACUUAGACCAUGCGACUAUGUUUCAAAGUCAGUGGAACUUGGGGGAGGGGCACUCACUGAGGUUUGCCUGUAGCCUGUGGCGUGGCACUCAGUUAAGGGGUGAUAUUAUCCUUAGUGACGUAGACUACAUGCCUGUGCAGGUCACCUGGUGGAACUCCUGAGCUGCAGCAGCACAUCCGCCUGGAAGUUCUGGCUUCUUUGGCAGCCACCCCCUUGCCCAGGGGGCUUCUCCUGCUCGAGGAUUCACUUGUUUCUUGUGUAGUUUUAAUGUAACGUGGCCGUACUCCUGUGAACAGAAACAGCUUUGCUGAUUAGCAGAUCCAACAGAGAUAAUAUCUGUCCACCAAGAAGGGAGGUUUAACAGAAGGUCACUUGCUUGUGGGAGGUGAUCAGGUUGAAUGGUGGCCUUUCCCAAACCUUCAGUUCAGCUGAAAGAGCUGGUGAGCCACCUAGACGUUAUGAACAGGACCACGCCCCCCCCCCCCCCGGGCUGGACUGAGCCUGUUGUUUAUUUUUGCUCUUCCUUUUAUCGGAUGAUUUUAAAAGCUUUCAGGAAACACUGAACUCCGGGGACCCUUUCUAAACAACAGCAACCCCCCCCCUCUCCCUGCUACCCCCCCCAUCCACACCGCUGUCGGAGAUAAAUGAAAGCAGUCAGUGAACGAUUGACUCCAUGCGCCCUAUUGCCCUGAUCCCAUCUAGAUUGCACAAGGCAGUACCAGGCAAACUUACUUUCCUAUCACGUUUAAGGAAAAAAAAAUAUAUAAAACAAGAGGAAAAACAACCGAGACUCAUUAGAACCAACAUUAGCAAGAAGAACGGUCAGCCUCCUGUGAUUCUGGCUUGCUCUCAUUGGCCCUUGGGCCAGAGGGGGGCGGGACCUUCCUUUGUGCCAAUGUUACUUAUGCCUGGGACACUGCUGCCAUCAAGAGCUUGAGCUUGAGAGACCGGCAGAGCGAGAAAAGAAGGCAUGUGGGGAUAUUUGAAUAUGUAAGGGAGCGUGACAGGUGCCGAUGAAGGGAGACAGAGAGUGAAAGAGCGAACGAAAGUAAGGGUGAUUUGCAGGGCAGCCUGUAAGAUACCGAGAGACGUAGUCAGAGAGAGGUGAGUUUGUGAUAGUGUGUCAGAAUCCCAAGUUUGGCUGCCCUCCACCACCAGAUUGAGCCACAAGCCCCACCCCUGGCUUUACCUCCGAGAGUGCACCACGAGUCGUGUGGGCACGCAUUUCAGGAUCUCCUGCUCGCAUGCCAUUCUUUCCGCAUACCUCAAGCGUCAAACGUCACCGGCAGCUGGAUGAUAGUGCAGAAAAUGCGAGGUGGUGUCCUCUCCAUACGCCACCAGAUCUCCGUCUCUAGCGACGCUGACAUGAGCGUGGCUGACCGUGACGCAGAGCGGCAGUCGUUCCCAGAGGUCAUGGCGGACCAGAACUUGGUCGAGGUGGUGCACUUGGAGUCCAGGGUGCGGAGGCGACGUGACCCAAAGCAGGCGAUACGAGCCAAGCUGGGCCAGAGUCUGUCCUGCUCAACAGCCCGGCUAAAACGGGUCCUGACAGACUUCUUCCCUGUGGUGGUCUGGCUCCCCAAGUAUAAGCUGAAGGAGUAUGUGUGGGGUGACGUCAUGUCCGGACUCAUUGUAGGUAUCAUCUUGGUCCCUCAAGCCAUUGCCUACUGCCUGCUGGCUGGCUUGGAGCCAAUCUAUGGCCUCUAUACCUCUUUCUUUGCCAACAUCAUCUACUUUUUCUUGGGCACCUCCAAGCAUGUGUCUGUAGGCAUCUUUAGCCUCAUGAGCUUGAUGGUAGGACAGGUCGUAGAUAGGGAGCUCUUCCUGGCAGGGUUUGACAUGAAUGAGGACAGCCAGUCGGGCCCCGUGGGCUCAUGGAAUGACACUGGAGCAUCCACCGCAGACAACCUGACCCUAGGCAUCUACAGUUCCGAGUGUGGCAAGGAGUGUUAUGCCAUCAGUGUUGCAGUGGCUCUCACCUUUCUGGCAGGAGUUUACCAGGUCCUGAUGGCUUUGCUACAGUUGGGCUUUGUUUCUGUCUACCUUUCUGCUCCAAUGCUUGAUGGCUUUGCAACGGGCGCCUCGGUCACUAUCCUCACCGUGCAAGCUAAGUACCUCCUUGGGCUGAAGAUCCCACGACACCAGGGCUAUGGAACUGUGAUUGUCACCUGGAUCAGCAUUUUUAAAUCCAUCCACCAAACAAACUUGUGUGACAUGAUCACCAGUGUCAUCUGCAUUGCCGUGUUGGUGGCUGGGAAGGAGCUUCAGGAUCGCUUCAAGGACCGUCUGAAGAUCCCUUUGCCCACCGAGUUGGUGGUAGUGGCAGUGGCCACACUGGUGUCCCACUUUGCCGACCUCAAUGGCCAGUACAACUCUAGUAUCUCGGGAGCAAUCCCCACAGGCUUCAUCCCGCCAAAGGUGCCCAGUUUUAAGCUGAUGCCCAGAGUGGCAUUUGACGCCAUCCCCCUGGCUGUGAUCAGCUUUGCCUUUACAGUCUCAUUAUCUGAAAUGUUUGCCAAGAAAAAUGGCUACACGGUUCGGCCCAACCAAGAGAUGCUGGCCAUUGGCUUCUGCAACAUCAUUCCUUCGUUCUUCCACUGCUUCACCACCAGUGCUGCCCUAGCAAAGACCAUGGUGAAGGACUCAACUGGCUGCCAGACACAGGUGUCCAGUAUAGUGAGCGCCUUUGUAGUCCUGCUAAUCCUGCUGGUCUUUGCCCCGUUAUUCUACUCCUUGCAGAAGUGCGUCCUGGCCUGCAUCAUCAUCGUCAGCCUGCGAGGUGCUCUGCGCAAGUUCCGAGAUGUUCCCAGGCAGUGGCGCGUUAAUAGGGUGGACGCCACCGUCUGGAUGGUCACCAUGAGCGCCUCAGCCUUGCUCAGCGUGGAGCUAGGACUCCUGGUUGGGUUGGUGUUCUCCAUGCUCUGCGUGAUUGUCCGGACACAGAACCCCAGAGUGACCCUUCUGGGUCAGAUCCCGAACACCAGCCACUAUGAAGAUAUCAAGGAAUACAGUGACCUCCUGACUCUGCCCAAAGUCAAGAUCUUCCGUUUCCAGGCUCCGUUGUAUUACGCCAACAAGGAGUUCUUCCUCAAGUCACUUUACAAAGCAGUAGACUUGGAACCAUUCCUGGAGCUCACCAAGAUGAAGAAGGCUGAGAAGAAGAUGAAGGCACUGGCCAACAAACAGGCUGAAAGGAAGAGCUCAAAUAAAACUAAUGGUGACAUUGCCUUAGGACUGGUGUCACGAGAGCUGGCCUUCCACACGCUUGUCCUAGACUGCUCAUCCAUUCCUUUCAUCGACACCACUGGCAUGCUCACGCUGAAGGGGGUAGUGAAGGACUACAACGGGGUGGGAGUCCAAGUGGUGCUGGCGUGCUGCAAUCCCACCGUGAUCGACUCUCUGAAACGUGGUUCCUUCUUUGGAGCUGCAGACAAGGACAUUCACAACCUCUUUUUCCACACCGUUCAUAGCGCAGUUCUGUCCGCUCAGGACAGAGCGACUGCAGUCGGCGAUUCGUCUGUGGAGAGCCAGGCUGCAAGCUGCAACGAGUCUCUUCAGACCGAAAGACAGGAUAGUCAAAUGUGACCAAGAAUUAAUACUCUUGUUCUCUUUACUGCAGUCUUCUUCCUAUGAUCUGUUUCUGAGUCUGACUAGUUUUAUAAGAACUUUUUUUUUUUUACUUUUCAAACAUAACCUUGCCCUAGUACUUACAAGUACAAAGAAAAUCAUAACUUAAAUCUUUGAGAAAGAGACAGUAUUUAUUGACUUUUAUGUCUUAAAAAGCUAGGCUAGACAAAAUUAACUUUAUUGUAACAUGCCUGCUAAAAGAGUUAAUAUCAAGCUCUGUAUGUCAUUGGAGCCCCUAAUGUGGCUCUGUUGCAUGUGAUGGCCCUUCUGUGUGCAGACCGGUGCCUACAGCUCAGGGGGUUUUCUCAAAAGCAUCACAGGCUUUACAUACAAUGACGUUCAUGUAACCCACUGAAGACAGAAUCAUCUGGUGUAUUGUUUGCCGUCUUUGUUCCCUGCCAACACAACAGGACUCCCUAAUUUGUCACAUGGAGCAUCCUACUGGCAGGGAAAAUGAGCAUCCUCCCAACAAGAGAGACCUUGAUUGGUCAGCUUGGUCAGUUACCGUCAUGCAGCUUCAUGUGAUGCAGCAGCAGGUGUCGGUGUCGAGUAGUGAGGGUUGUGCUCCUCCUCUCUCUGCCACUCCCACGUGGCACCAUAAGACUGGGGUGUGAGGUUAGCACGCCACCCUCAGCCUCCAGGUGGCACCUGCUUUUCGCUCAGUGUUCCGAGCUCAGUUUCCAGGAUCAUUUAAGCUAGUGGCGUCAUUCGGUGUGCAUUGAACUCCACGGCUCCGCAGGAGCGUCAUGUCUCAGGUAACCGUGAGGGCCUGUGUGCCUUUGCAGGGAUGGCAUUAUCCAGGACCUUGGGGAAUCUUAGCAAGAAUUCAGUAUUUAGGGAAGACCUUCAAUUCAGGAUCGCACAGUCGCACAGAAUUCCAGCACAGACACACACAUGCACUGGGACCCCAAAUGGCACAUUUAGUCCAGCGCGACGUUUGUGUUCAAAGUAGCUUCACUUCAUUUAAGCACUCGCAGUAAAAUGGCAAAGUUCAUUUUCCACACUGCUUCGUUCCGAACUCUUGUUUCUUGAAUUCGAUGUCCUAAGAUUGCACUCAGGUAGAGCCUCUGUGACAGUAUUAAGUAGCUUAAAUGUACUGAAGUGCUGAAAUUGGGCUCCGUACCUAAUUGGGCAAACAGUGACGAGGGAGAUGUGUACCAAGAUCAGAGAAUGUGCCAGCUGCAAUUUCAGAUCAGCAUUUUAUAAAUCCAUUUUUUGUAAUUGUUAUUGAAAUCAGUUUCAUUGUAGUACCAUGUGAUCAUGUUAACCGGAUAUUUACACGUUGUUUAGAAUAAAUACUUGUAAAGAAAGUA